AUUUGCCUUCAUAUCUACUGUAUGUGCCAUCUUUCCUUCUGUUCGUGUGUUGGGAGUGUGAAAGCACAUAAUUCGUGGUAGCCAUGGACUGGGUAAAGAAAUUGCAGAAAAACAAAAAGAAGAUCAUGAUGGGCAUAUUGGCGGCAACAAUUGUGAUCUUAAUCCUUGGUCUUGGACUUGGCCUUGGACUGGACUUGCAGAGAUGUAAAAACAAAGUCACUCCUCAGACAUCGUGCAGGAACAGAUGCUAUGAGCCCUACGAUGCCGAACAUGACUGCAGAUGUGACACGAACUGUGCUGCUACCAACAGCUGCUGCUACGACUAUCAUGAUAUCUGCACCGUUCCGACCCAGCAGUGGGAAUGUACAAAGCUACGGUGUGGUGAGAAAAGGCUGACAGAGAGCAAAUGUCACUGCUCUGAAGACUGUCUGUCUGCAGGAGACUGCUGCACAAACUACAAGCACAUCUGCCACGGAGAGAGAGAGUGGGUGGAGGAUGAUUGUGAGGACCUGUCAACCCCCACAUGUCCAGCAGGCUUUAAGAAACAGCCCCUGCUUCUUGUUUCUUUGGAUGGACUCAGGGCAGAGUACAUGCAGACAUGGAACACACUCAUGCCAGUUCUGGACAAACUCCGAAGCUGUGGAACAUCGGCUCCUUAUAUGCAGUCAGCAUUUCCAAGCAAGACUUUUCCUAAUCAUUAUACUAUUGUUACGGGUCUGUAUCCAGAGUCAAAUGGUUUGAUUGACAACCUUAUGUAUGACCCAGUAUUUAAUGCCACUUUCAGUCUGUCCAGUCCUGAGAAAGACAACCCUGCGUGGUACCUCGGACAACCAGUUUGGCACACAGCAAUGUACCAUGGUCUGAGGUCUGGAACCUUCUUUUGGCCAGGAUCAGAUGUCAAAAUCAAUGGAAGUUUUCCCAACAUUUACAAACCUUAUGAUGGGAAUGUGCCAUUUGAAGAAAGAGUAAUCACUGUGCUAAAGUGGCUGCAACUUCCAGAAAAUGAGAGACCAGAUUUCUACACGUUGUAUCUGGAGGAACCUGAUAAAUCUGGACACAACUUCGGUCCUGUAAGCGGAGGGAUCAUUUCAUCAAUCCAGGGUGUGGAUAAGAUCAUUGGACAGCUCAUGAAUGGCAUCAAGCAAAUUGGCUUACAUCGCUGUCUGAACAUCAUUAUUUUAGCUGAUCAUGGUAUGGAAGAAAUAAGCUGCAACAGGAAGGAGGUGAUGCAGGAACUGGUGGGAGAUACCAGCAAUUACAUCGUCACUGAGGGUCCAUUUGGACGAAUCAGAGCCCAAAACAAAGAUACAGUUUUGGACUCAGCUGAACUUGUUGCUAAAAUGACAUGUAAGAAGCCAGACCAAAAGAUCAAACCAUACCUGAAGGCUAACCUACCAAAGCGCCUCCACUAUGCCAACAGUCGUCGAAUUGAAGAUGUCAAUGUCCUUGUGGAACCUAAAUGGCUGUUUGAGAGAUCCCCAGGGUCUCUCACAUUCUGCACUGGUGGGAAUCACGGCUAUGACAAUGAUGCUGAAAGCAUGCACGCCUUGUUUCUCAGUUACGGACCCAAGUUUAACUACAAAACCAAGAUUGAACCCUUUUCUAACAUUGAGCUGUACAAUCUAAUGUGUGAUUUGUUGGAAAUCCCUCCAUCUGACAACAAUGGAACACAUGGCAGCAUGAAUCACGCUCUAAGGAAGCCCUACUAUACACCAGCACAUCCUGCAGAGCAGAGUAUGCCAGCUCAGUGCCCACUGGUCAGUCUAGACCCUCCAAAUGACCUGGGAUGCUCCUGUCCAGCCAUGCCUGGAAAUGCCAUCAACAGCCGUUUGAACUUGACUGCAGAGGAAGCAUCUGCUUCUGAGAGGAAGCACAUGUUGUUUGGUCGUCCGCAGAUGCUGCAGCCUCACCAGAGUUAUUGUAUCCUCCACCAGGAAGGAUUUGUGAGCUCCUAUAGCCAUAAAAUGCUCAUGCCUUUGUGGAGCUCCUUCACUGUCGACAAGCCAUCUGAUCUAAACCCAUUGCUGCCAGUAAUACCAGACUGUUUGAGAGCUGAUGUGAGACUGGCAGCAUCUCAAAGCCCAAGAUGUGAUGAUUAUGAAACUGCCGGGAACCUGACCUACGCCUUCUUGUAUCCACCCAAUCUGAAUUUUACAGUGGACCAGCAAUAUGAUGCUUUACUGAUGAGUAAUGUGGUGCCAAUGUACCCAGCGUUUAAAAAGAUCUGGGAUUACUUCCACAACAUUUUAUUGAAGAAAUACGCCUUUGUGUAUAACGGGAUUAACGUCGUCACCGGCCCUGUCUUUGAUUACAACUAUGAUGGCCGAUAUGACACUGCAGAACACAUGCAAGAAUUUGUGCCCAGCACGAACAUCUCCAUCCCAACGCAUUACUUUGUUGUGUUGACAAGCUGCAAGGACACAUCUGAAGCUGUUGGGGCCUGCAAGGGUGGGCUGCAGACAGCGUCCUUCCUUUUUCCUCACAGAGCCGACACCUCUGAAAGCUGCCAAAGCACAGAGGAUGAAUCUCAGUGGGUGGAAGAUCACAUGUGGUUUCACCAGUCACGUGUCAGAGAUGUUGAGUGGAUCACGGGACUGGACUUUUAUCAAGGCAGCAGUCAACCUCUAUCAGAGCUGCUGAUGGUAAAGACUCGCCCCACAGCUGCUAUUCAGAGAAAACAAUAAAAUAUUGAUCUAUAUUAACAAAGAUACAAGCAAAAUAUGUAUUAGUGUUUAAUCAAUUUGUUAUUCAAGUGACAGCAUAUUUAUUUACCUCUUGGAUUUGAAUUUUUCUUAAUCUUAUUGUAUUCAUAUAGCUUUCAAGGUCUUCUUUAAAUUCUUAUUCUAGAUGUAACAAUAUUUCCCAGCUGAUUAUUCCCAUUUAAACUGAUAUUGCAAAUUAAAG